AUGAAUAUCAUAUCCAUUAUUCGGUUGUUAUGGCGCAUAAUAAUACUAAGUCGUUGCUAUGGAGCUGCAGCGCCUAUAGCAAAGCCUAAUUGCACAACGCAUUGUGGAGAUGUUGCCAUCCCAUUCCCUUUUGGGAUUGGACCUAACAAAGAUUGUUACUUAGAUGAAUGGUUUCAAAUAGACUGCAGGCACAACAACUAUACAACCUCAGCUAAUUACAGCAGGCAGGCGCCUUUCCUCAAGAGCCUCAACCUAGCUGCUAAUUGUUGCCAUGGAGCUGCAACAACUAGUGCAGCAUCAGCGCCUAUAGCAAAGCCUAAUUGCACAACGCAUUGUGGAGAUGUUGCCAUCCCAUUCCCUUUCGGGAUUGGACCUAACAAAGAUUGUUACUUAGAUGAAUGGUUUCAAAUAGACUGCAGGCACAACAACUAUACAACCUCAGCUAAUUACAGCAGGCAGGCGCCUUUCCUCAAGAGCCUCAACCUGGAGCUGCUAAGUAUUUUUCCUAUUAAAGAUGGCAGGCAAUCGGUUCAGAUCGUGGGACUGUCACUGGUUGCCGGUCUAUUUGUCAAAACACUACAGGGGACGACUUUCGCAAGCGCUAUGAACGUGGCGGCUGUUGCCAAGAUACUCUUCGUUCCUGUGGUGCUAGACUGGAUCUUAGAAGUACAUGACUAUGGUGAAAGAUUCAGAGGAAAAACAGACCAGAGUGGUAACCACUCAACACCCUUUUGCCACAGCUAUGAUGAUUGGAACACGAUAACUUGUGUCUGUCAGCCAGGCAUGGAAUCUUCUCCAACCUUGUCAAGCAUAUCUCGGGUCAUCAUCAUUUCAGAUAUUGAUGAAUGCAAAGGCAGUAAUGAGUGUCGAGGCGUUGUAUGUGAGAAUUUGGUUGGGGGUUAUAGCUGCUACUCAAAUAUAAAUGGCCGUAGAUGUACGUAUUUUGCUGUCGGUAAUACUACUGCUACUACAUGCCACUUCAGAACCACAUCGGGUCGGGCCUCUGAAACUGAAAUCAAUACUAUUAUUUUAGGUCUUGGCUCCGGUGUUGGGCUAUUGUUUCUACUCAUUGGGGCAUGGUGGGUACACAAAAUCGUGAAGAAAAGGAAACCAUUGCACGCAAGAAAAUGUUUUUCAGAUAGAAUUCUUGGUCAGGGAGGUCAAGAUACCGUUUACAAAGGCAUGUUGGCGGAUGGAAGAAUUAUUGCGGUAAAGAAGUCCAAAAUGGUGGACAAAAGCAGGCUCUCAGAAUUCAUCAAUGAGGGAACAUUUGGUUACUUGGACCCAGAAUACUUUCGAUCAAGCCAAUUUACGGAGAAAAGUGACGUCUAUAGCUUUGGAGUUGUCCUUGUUGAGCUCUUGACGGGGCAAAAACCAGUUUCUGCAGUAACAGGGUCACAAGAAGAAGAAUACAGAAGUCUUGCCACAUAUUUCAUUACCUCAAUGCAAGAAGAUCGUCUGUUUAACCUUGUUGAUGCUCAAGUUCUGGAGGAGGGCUCUGAAACAGAAAUCCAAGUAGUCGCUAACCUUGCAAGGAGAUGCUUGAAUUUGAACGGAAGAGACCGUCCUACAAUGAGAGAGGUUACAUCAGAACUAGAGGCUGUUCAAAUGUCAAGAAAACCUUCCAUUAGUGCUCAGAAAAAUUCUGACGGGGUUGAUUUUGUGGAAGAUGAAUCAGUUGGGCAUUGGGAUGUUGAAUCACUUUCAGAAGUGUCGGCUAGCUACUAA